GCUCUGCCUGGCCCCUCAAUCCCUGCAGUCCCAAAGACGCGUUCUCACCGCCUGGAACCUUGUGUGCCUGGGUCUGGCUGCCGGCCUGCCCGGGGGAAGCAUUUGAGAGUGGGACCGCGAGAAGCCGCUUGUAAACAGAGAGCGGGGCCGGGAUGGUCAGCGGACGGGCGUGCUGUCAGCGCGAGGCCGGCACGCUUGCCCACGCCGAGCUCCGGCCGGGAGUAGACUGCGGGCCUCGCAGGUGAAGGGGGCGAGCCGCCGAGCUCAGCAGAGAAAUCUUUGGAAUCUGUUCCUCGUCUGCCACAUGGAUCGUAGCUGAAGCCACAGGAAUGAAGAUGACCCUUCGGGGGAGGGUAGAAGAGGAACUGGGUAACAGGAUUAUGGGGAAAAUAGAAGAAUAUUCACAUUUUGGAUUCAAGGCAAAGAAGGGCAGCCUGUACAGGGGAGUGAGAGGCGUAUCCAGGAAGGAAGGAGAAAUUCUGGAAGAGACUGUGUUGGUGGAUUCAUGAGGAUGUGGAGUGUUCAGCAGGAAAUCAAGGAUUGGCGUGGCAUUGCUUUGACAAGCACUUCCUGUUGACUUCAUAGAGAUUUCACUGAAGAAUAAUCUCAAAGGAAUAUUUGUCUCCCCAUACCCCUGGUAGCUAGCAAAUGUUUUUAACCACCUGGAAAACAUCAGUGACCUUUGGGCUUGGCCUGCUCCAGGCAACUGAAUGAAGGUUUCUUCCAGUUGUUUCUAUAGCUAUAUGGCAGAAGCAUCUCUUUGCUAGGUGAACGUUCCUGAAGCCCUUUCCUGAAGCAGCUUAAGGGGCUUAAACCUUUUGGAGCCGAUGACAUGGAAGCUUUGGAAGUGGAUGAUAUCAGCCCAGCCUUAGAAGUUACUGAGGAUUUCUUUAGUACUUUUGAUAGUAAGCUAGAAAAGGCAGUGCAGCAAGCAGAGGUCUAUGGGGUUCAGGAGGUUCCUGAGUUGGUGGGGCACGAGGUACUCAGUAACAUAACAGACAAUGGUGCUAUGAGAAACACUGUCUCCUUGGGCAAGGGGAGCAUGAUUUGGGACCACUGUAAGAGCAGGCUCUUGGAAACCAAAGCUCAAAAUGUCUUCCCUGCCAAAGAACAGUUUGUGGUCCAGAGAGGGACAACCCCUGACAAUCUUUCCUGGAUAGAACAAAAGGAAGCAUCAACCUUCAAUUUUUUCAAUGUCUGUCAGCGUCGCAGGGACAGACCGCGUUCUGUGAAUGACUUAUUGGAUGAGACCUCAGCCUUCAAGCCAGGCCAUGCUCGUUCAAGGUCUGACAUUACCCAAGUGGACUGGAGGGCGGUCCUUAAAACCAUGCCUUUGCAGCAGCAGCCACCUCAGCAGCCGCCUCUUCAAGGCAGUCAUCUCACCAGACCCUCUUUUCUGUUGCCCUCACCAAAUACAUUAGAAGAUGCUCAAGGAAACACUGAACACAAGCAAACAUUCCCAAACAUUCUGAAAAAGGGAUACUUGGAGAUUAGGAAGGACCAUGACAGUUACUGGCAAAGCUGUUACGCAGAACUCUCCCCCUACAACUUAUACUUCUACAGCCUUGACAGCAGUGGGAAUCAAAACCUCUAUGCCACGUACCAGCUUUCACAUUUCCAGAGCAUUUCUGUUUUGGGCAACCUUGAGGCCAGGAUGGUGGAUACCGUUCUGUAUGACAACACCCAGCUACAACUAAAGGCAGAGUCACCGUGGGAGGCUUUGGACUGGGGGCAGAAGCUGUGGGAAGUUGUGCAUGCUGCUGUGCCUGGUUCUGUGGGACGUCAGGAUGAGCUGGCAAACUCUCCAGGGCUUGGCCAUCAUGUUGACUGUACCCACAGCCAUUGUUUACAGAAGAAAUCCAAUGGGCUGCCGCCGCCAUCCUCUGUCUCGGAUAAUCCCAAGCAGUACCAAAACAUCCUCAAGUCAGGGACACUCUAUAGGCUAACCGUCCAGAACAACUGGAAGGCAUUCACAUUUGUGCUGAGCAGGUCCUACCUAAUGGCUUUUCAUCCCGGCAAGCUGGACGAUGACCCCCUGCUCAGCUACAAUGUGGACGUGUGUCUGGCUGUCCAGAUGGACAACCUGGAUGGGUGUGACUCUUGCUUUCAAGUCAUUUUCCCGCAGGAUGUCCUCCGCCUCCGAGCUGAGACCCAGCAGAGGGCUCAGGAGUGGAUGGAGGCUCUGAAAACGGCUGCCAACACAGCAAGGAGUUCAGAGCAAAAUCUGCAGGUCACACUGAGGAACAAACCCAAGGAUCAGCCUGGCGGGAUCGAGCUCAGGAAGAACAAGCGCCAGUCCGUGACCACCAGCUUCCUGAGCAUCCUGACGACUUUGUCUUUGGAAAGAGGGCUCACCGCACAGAGUUUCAAAUGUGCAGGUUGCCAGCGAUCCAUUGGCCUUUCCAAUGGGAAAGCCAAGGUGUGCAAUUACAGUGGUUGGUAUUACUGUAGCAACUGCCACGUGGACGACAGCUUCCUCAUCCCAGCCCGCAUAGUCCACAACUGGGAUACUUCAAAGUAUAAGGAUUUUCCCCAGGGAAUACCUCCUUCAGCAGAUCCACCUGUACUCCCUUGCAGACCUGCAGCAGGUGAUAGAGGGAAAGCUGGCUCCAUUUUUGGGCAAAGUCAUUAAAUUUGCCACUGCGCACGUGUACAGCUGCAGUCUUUGUAGCCAGAAGGGCUUCAUCUGUGAAAUCUGUAACAACGGAGAGAUCCUCUAUCCUUUCGAGGAUAUUUCAACAAGCAGGUGUGAAAGCUGUGGAGCCGUUUUCCAUUCCGAAUGCAAAGAGAAGUCUGUCCCCUGCCCGAGGUGUGUCCGCCGAGAGCUGCAGAAGAAGCAGAAGUCUUUCUGGAGGCGGCUGAACAUGGACGAGAGCCUGGAGGAGGCGUGCGCCAUGUUUGAGCUCUCCUAUCAGAACACCUGAUUCAGGCCGGCCCCCCAGCCAGGAUUCACCCAGCAACCACCCACCAGCCCCAGGUGGCUUCCUAACUAGCCAGUUAGCCCCCUUUGGAAGAGAAGCCUGUCUCAUCCUCAGCUAGAUAUAGCUAGAUAUAUAUUUAUUUAUUUAUCUAUACACAUACCUGUACGUCCUGUGCGUAUGUUCUGUAUAAAUCAUUGUCUGAAGGUUCCCAGAACCUCUGGGGCUCAAGAAACUACCAGUCUGUGAAUUACAUUUAGCCAUGAAUUUCAGCUGCUCGCCCCCAAGCAAAACGUGGUUUCCACGCAAGGCUUCCUAGUGCAGACUUUUUCUUAGUUGGCCGAGUCCACUUUAUGACACAAGACACAGGUGGAAGCAUUGCCUGCAGGACAACAGUGCUCCAGGUUAUUUCUGUGUUAUUUAUUUUUAGCUCUCACAGAGGCUGAGGUGACUGGGGCAGGCACCCAUCAUCAUGUGUUUCAUAGGAAAAUCUUCAAAACACAGAAGUGCCCUGGGCCCUUUGCAGGGCCCAGUGUCCCUUGGCUCUCUCGCCUCAGCUUUUCUCGGGGAGGUAGGCAUCACCUAGGCAGGGCAGAGUGACUAGAAGGCAAGUGUGCCAGCUCCCGGCCGGCACGAAGCAUCCGCAGGAGAGCCCGUUCUGCUCUGAUCUGAAGUUAAUCUCAGAAAGCUCUUUGCCUCAGAGAGAAGAGACCCCUGCAAGUAGUGACCGCCUGUUGCUGGCCCAUUUGCUGGUACGAAUCGCGGCCCUUGCCCCAGGAUGUGCCUGGCGAGUUGUAAUCAUGGCUUUCUCAAGAAGAGUUUCCAAGGGCAUCGGGGUGGUAUUUACGAUGUCCUAGGAUUAUUGUCACAGCCACUGGUGUGUGACUGGCAGACAGGGUAUGUAGUGCAUAUAUUCCGAGACACUCUUCAGUUCCUUCUCGCAGGUCCUGUGCCGGCAACUCCCACCCGACUGCUACUAAUGCUUUAUUUCUCACUGUUCGUCACUGCACUUUCAUUGAGACAUUUGUCAAUGUAGCCACUCUUGCUUCACAUUGUUUUAGUUGAUUAAAAAAUCAGAGUCACCUGAAACUUAAAAUAACCAGCUUUAUUAUAAAGGAAAUACCAAGCUUCCAGUCAUGAUUAAUGAAUUAAACCUAAUCUUAUUUAAGUAAAUACAUGCAUAUCUAUUUUCCACCUUACAACUAAAAGCUCUAAUAUAACAUAAUUGGAAUAAGGAAUCUAAUGAGUUGCUUUGCUACUUGGUAGGAUAGCACUUCUCCCACUGCAGUGCCCUUUUGAGAGCCAGCAGAGCAGCCACGGUGACCGAAAUGGCAGGUUGGUCCGCACUGGACACCUGACGGCUCUCUGCCCUUCUGCCUUCACCCUUUCCAAGACAGGAAGAUGUGCUGGUAACGCAGCGAUUCCCCGUGGACUUUGCGGGAAGAUGCCUUCAUGGGUCAGCGGUCCCACCGCUGUCCGGAGCCGGGGAAAUUGCUGGCUCACCAAGUGCAUGAACGUUCAGCCCCACUGCUCCUUUCCCCACCUCCUGCUCCCUCCAGCUCCCAGCCCGUGAUACUCCAGGAGGCGACGUUUCAGCCUGACGUGUGCGCUUUAGACGUUAGCGUUCCACCUCGCAGCCCGCGCCACUUCUUUUGGCUCUAGAACACACAGCUGCGCCUCGUAGCUGAGCACCACACGCGCAUUUCUUUUCUGAGUCUACAGUAGUCACAACCAAGGCAUGAAAACUUGUUAAGAGUUUUCACGAGCUGCCUCGUGGUGCCUUUUACUCUUAGAAAAAACAGGUUGACUUUGCCCUGCCUCUAGUUAGAGAGAAAGUUGUACACAAAAGGAAAAGGAUGGAAAAUCUCAAACACUUGGCAAACAGGCAAACAAAUUUGGUCAUCUCCUCUCCUCCUCCCCUUGGUGAAAUACAGUAUUUAUAUUUUCCAGCCUCGGAGAAGAUAGCAGAACAUGAUCUUUCACUAGAGAAUUAUAGACCUGCUUAUUAUAAAACAGAUGUGCUCCCAUGGCGAAGUGCCUUCUCCCUCCGCCCCCAGCUCCCUGUCACUGUAGCUUACUUUUGCCUUCGCUGUAAUUAAUGUAUCUGUGAUUCCAACUGUCAGCAAGGCCAUUCCCAGCACACUGCACUUGGAGACCUGAAGUGCACGGCCGUCCUCCCCUUGUGACGUGUUUGCUCUGUGUACAGAGGCUCCUGGCCCAGCUUGCAGACAUCCGGGGCUGGAGCUGCCGAGAGGCCAGGGUGAGAUCCCGGGUCCCUGAUCUAAAACGCCUCUGUUUCCGCCAGUGCCCAGGGAGAGGGCCCUGUUCAAUCAGGGCAAUGCGCCCCCCCCCCCCCGAACUCCGAGGGAGAACUUGCCUCCCACAGCACUUUCUGCUUAUUUUCAAAAGGGGAAAAAAAUAGAUCACCAUCAGCUACCCAGAAUGGGAACCGGGUCCCAACUGCUUCUGUUUUCUCUCCUCUGUGGACAACCCUGAUGGCCUGGUCGGUGCCGGCCGCAGGCCUGCGUAGACAUUCCUUGCCACCACCACCCCCCAAAUCAGAGGACAGAGCUGUGCCAGCUGAGGAGCUGGGCCUGCCAUGAAAACUCAGAAUUGCUGUUUUCAGCCCAGAAUGCCUUGGAGCACAUGAACGCCCUUACUGUUUGCAAGCCUAACAAAUUACUUGGUGCACUGUUAGGUAAUUGUUCCCCUGCUUAGAGACUGUCGAAACAAAAGCAGAGCUGUGGAUUACCACCUCCUUAAAACCAAGCUAAUACCUGCUUUUCCUCGUGUUCCGUUUUUUAUCCCAUAUUAAAUAUCUCACACGUAAAAAGCAUCCGAGAAAAUGGCCAAUUAAUCUCCUGGAGCUGGCCGCCGGCUCCGGGGGAGCUGCUUCUCACUGACAGGCCCGUUCCCUGGAGUGUCACUGGAGGAAAUCCCUCCUCCCAGUGCCAGAAACUCAUGUGUGAGACGGUCCAACCCUGGUGAAAUGUUGGCAUCUAACCCCGCAAUAAAGAAGCCAGUUCCUAAAAUAGACCUCACUGCACACGGCUGCAGGAAGGCCACAGAGUACUUAAAAAGACGGCAACUGGAAUGGGGGCCCUGCUCCCCGCCUCCCCCAGGGCCGCCUGGGCCCAGAGUUGAAAGCCUCUUUAUACAAAAACCAUGUCCACUCUUGCCGGCCGCCUUCGCGUCAUUGUCUUCUCCAGGGGACUGUGUCGUGGUCAUUUUCAUGGCCGGAGUGCUGGCUGGCAUGGCAGGAGCCAGACGAGCUGAGAGGGCGGUCAUGUUUCAGCUCCUCAAGGCCAGGUCUCCACCGCAGAGGCAGUACAGCUAGUGCGUAGGAUGUGUGGUUGCCAACAUGGCGCCGUCCUUCAGACAUGUGCACCAGGACCAUGUCCUGACUUCCGGCCACAGAGAGAACUGGGCUGGUCGUAUCACUUGGGCUGCCCUGUACAGCCUGACUGAGCCGCAGCACGGCCUGGGAUGUAGGGGCCCCUGUUUCUCUCUCUGAGUGCUACAUCUACAUGCUGAAUAUCGACACCUCAAAGAGGCCUCACUUCCAAACCUGAGGCCUUCCUCCCUACUCACUGGCCAAAACAGGCCCUCCAUAAAUUAAUCAUUUAUCAGGUGGAACUGACGAUGCUUCAUGCACUCACCACUUCCUGCAAAGGGACGCUGUUCAAAAAAGACACUGCCUUCCCCUCCCUUAGGGUAGAGCUGAUGGGGUUGCUCAUACAUUUGUGCAGAAUUAGUGACCCCUCCACUGAUCUGUUACUGGAUCAACUUCAGCUUUUGCUUCGCACACUGCCUAUCUUCAAUGCAGCGGUUAUUUUUAUUUAUUUAUUUAUUUAUUUUUGCUUCUCACGGUGAACAGAGAUGUGUGCAAUUUUCCCCCUUUUCUGUUUCUUGAGUUUUCUAACCCAUUUUUCUCCUUAUUCUGCAAUGGAGCAAAAAGGUAGGGAACCUGGAGUAAAACUGCAAGAACACGAGUCAUAAGCCGUAUUCUCCUCUUCUCCGGACUGCACUCGUUAGUACCAGGCACCAGGAGCUUCGCGCCAGCACCUUGCACCUCGCUUCCGAGCCUGAGUAGAAAAGAGCUCACUGCUCUCAGCGGACUCCAGCGAGGAGCAAAUGAGCCCUGCUCGGUUCAUCAAAACAGACAGAUGUUGAUUUUGAUCACGUGGGACAGUGUUUUGCCAGCAAAGUCUAGCACCCAGCAGGCGUCUUACUGGCACAGAAUUCUAAUUUCAUUGGACUCAAAACCACUGACUCCCGUGUUUUAGUGGAUGCACAGCUGAUGUGAAACCCGGGUCGUUGUUCACCUCUAGUCGGGCAUACCCGUGUUGUCAGGGGUCUUAUUUAAGACAGCUUCCAGAUGAUCCUGACAUGGAGCGCUUGCCUCGGAUGUGAGGGAGGGAAGGCCUUACUAAAUGCAAAUGAGACAACAGCAGGUUUUCUUUGGUUCCUGGUGAGAAGAGAAGCCACUUGCAAACCUCCUCAUCUUGUUAGGGAGCUCCUGAGUGAAGUCAGUUGUUGCCAGGGUAGGAGACUCGGGUGCCUCUUCAGUGAGAUCCCCUCCUACUGGUGGGACAGCUGCCAGCCACCCUCUCCCCUCAUUCCACCCCCAGCACGUGCCCCAUACUUCCAUCUUCCUUGCCCUGAGUUCCGAGUUUGGAGUGCCAGCCCCAAUUCAGACCUCGUGGCUCAUAAGCCAGCUGGCAGACGCGGCGGUCCUGUGGCUCCUUCUCCAUGCCAGCCUUCCCGUUUGUUCCCCUCCCUGUAGGAGUGCCUUAUAGUACCGCCUCGUGCUUCCAGAAGCCUGCAGCUUCUCCAGCUCAGUGCUCAGCCCUUUGCUUCCUUCCUGCUGGCCACUCUUCAUACAGACGUGCUCAGCGUCUGUAUAUUCUAUGAGGCAUGUCAGACCUCUCACCUCCCUUGAACCGGUGCCUUAACUGCACAAGGAGAGGAGUUCAACCACAUGGGUAGUAGAGAGGUAAAAACACUGGCGACUCAAUCACAGAAGGUUUUGGCUUUGUUUUAUGCUGCUUUUUUCUGCACUCUUUUUGUUUGCUUUCUGACUCUCAUUAACCAAACUCAGGGGAACAUCAGGCCAAUGGGUAGAGAAAUAAAACCCACGAUCCAGAACAGAAUGUAUAACAUCGGUGAACUUGGCCAUUUUCAGGCUCAAAAUUUACACACAAGGAUUUUACUUUUUCAUUUACUAUAUAAAAGAUGUUCUUUUGCCAUGUGUUUCCACAUGGGAAGUGGGAAGCCUCUUAGAUAAACUGUGACAUUGACAAAUGUCUCUCAGUGUGGUGUGGGCAGCCCCUUGAAGUGAUUGGGCGUUCACCACGGGCAGUGAAGGGUAGUGACCAUGGCCGUGCAGGAGAUGUCUUCUCGUCACCUUUCCUUAUUUUUGCUCAUUCAGCACAGGACUGACGAAAAUGUUGGGUUUGGGCUAUUAGAUCACUCCUAUUUGUAAUAGCUAAUGUGCUAACUUACACAUAUGUUCUUUCUACUUUCUGGAUAUCAUUGCCUUUUGUUUCAGCAUAACAACCAUAUUUUUGUUUGCAUCAUUUUCCAAAAUAUAGUAACUGUAAUAAUGUAAAACUGAGGUGUUGUUGACAAGACCGCUGGUUUUUAUGGUUGUCCGUCACAUAACUAAAGUGCACCAGUUCCUAAUGUACAAAGUGAUCUCUCAAUAAACUACGCAGAAAGUA